UUCCUUGUUAAAUAGAGCACCCUGCACAGCUAACGGUCCCGUCCUUCCUUGUGAUUCAAGUGCGAGCCUCCUUUCCCGGGCAAAGCCCCUGAACCUGGUUUGGAUUCGGCCAUGCAGAGCCUGAAUAGGGCCGCUGAGAAAAUGCAUUGUCGGGGUUUCUUCGGUUCCGCCCCGCAACAUGCAUAACGAUGUGUCGGCCAGUGAGAGCGCAGCGCCGCGAUAGAGGUUGUUUAUGUGGAGUGCUGGGUUAGGGUUCCGCCCACCGAGGUAUCUCCGAUCGCAGGGCAGUCACAGACAGGCAGAGAGUGUAAAAUGGCGCACAGCUGUCGGUGGCGGUUCCCCGCUCGGCCCGGAGGGAGCAGCAACUCCGGUACCGGGAGGAGAGCGGGCCGAAUCAGGGUUACUGCCUCUCUGCGGAGUGUCUCGGGAGCCCACCCCAACGCAGCUGGGCUCGGACCCGGGUUUGAUGCUGCACUACAGGUCUCUUCGGUUAUCGGGAGCAACCUGCAGAAAUUUCGGGAUGUUUUGGGGGAAUCGAGCGACUCGAGCAGCGGGGAGGAAGAAGUGUUUGGAGGCUUUGGAACGGUUGCUGAGCAGAGAAGAAUACAGAGCCCUUCAGCAGCAUCUUCAGUAGGCCCACCAGUACAGGAGAAGAAACCCAGAGGCCGUCCCCCACGAGCCCUUACUGCCCAGAAAGCUGCUGCAAGUCUACAUUCCCCCUCCUCCCAUCCCUCCCCCACACAGGCAAAACCAGAGGGCCCUGACAGGCCGGCUGAGAAGGUGAAAAGGCUGCCUGGGAGGCCACCUGGCUCCGGGGAAAAGAGAAGAGGUCGACCCCCAUCUUCAAGUAGCAAGAAAGCUUGGAGUACAGUUAGCCAUGCAGCAGGGGAGGGCAGUAGGCAGACCGAGUCUGAGCUGGGCAUGGACACAGAGGAGGACAGGGACAGAAAGGGCGCCAAGAGGACGCCACUGGGCUCUGCUCAGCCACAUGAAACUGAGGCAAAGCUUCCCAAAGGUGGGCGGGGUGAAUCCAAAGUUACCAGCCUGAAGAGGCUGCGAGCGACGAAACUCGCCCCUCUCAAGUCGAGGCUCAAGACUUUGCCUGGUGUACCCCGACGCAGACGUGGGCGACCGCCCUCAGCUGAGCGUCUCAAAGCUGAGGCGGCCGCUGCUGCUGCUGCUGCUGCUGCUGCUGCAGCACAGCUGUCUACCUCCAUUGAAUGUGGGGAAGGGAAACACAAGGCCUUUCGAGCCAGAGGGGGGGAUAGAGGCACAGAACCACACACUCCUCAGCAGCCAGUGCUGAGGAGUGUGGAUGGUGCUGAGGACCAAGACUCUUCCAAUCCACCUGCCUCCCCAUCCCCCUCCAAGUCAGGCAAGACAGUAGGCCUCAGAAAAAGCCCUCGCCAUAGAAAGCCUGUCAGAAUUGUCCCCUCAUCUAAACGCACUGAUGCAACUAUCGCCAAACAGCUGCUGCAGCGUGCUAAGAAAGGAGCGCAGAAGCGUCUGGAGAAAGAAGCUGUAGCCAUUGGGGGUACAGGGACAGGAGCCAUAGAAGCUGGGAUCAGGAAGACCCAACUGAAGAACAUCAGGCAGUUCAUCAUGCCUGUGGUCAGCACCGUCUCCCUUCGCAUUAUCAAAACCCCUAAGCGCUUCAUUGAAGACGAGGGCAGCUUUGUAACCCCGCCACCCCAUAUGAAGAUGGCACGGUUAGAAACCACACCCUCUUCAGUCUCCACAUCUGCCCAGCCCACCUCCACAACCUCCUCCUGCCCCUCUCCUGCAAUGGUCUCUACUCUUUCUGUAUCUAGCACUGGCACCACCACUGCUCCGAUUGACACCCUCCCCCCUCCUCCUCCUCCUGCCCCUACCCCCAGUGUCCCAUCAUCAGCCGCCAGUCUGCUCAACAACAACAGCAGCAAUGCCGCCAAUGGGCGGUUUAGCAGCAGCGCUGCAUCUUGUGGCUCCAGUGCACUGUCCCAGCACUCCUCCCAGCUCUCCUCUGCAGAGUCUUCCAGGUCCAGCAGCCCCAGCUUGGAUGACUCAUCAUGCGACUCCCAGGCUUCUGAGGCCACGCAGGCUCUGUCAGACCCUGAGGAUCACUCUCCGUCCUCACAGGGAGAGAGGGAGGCCAACCUGUUGCACAGCUCGCGGCCUCCGUCUCCUCCCUCGGAGCCGGAGCCAGAGCAGGUGUUGACAGAGAGGAGUCGGCGAGGCCGGAGAGGACAGGGGGUCGGCAGGGGAAGUCAGAGCCAGAGGGUGAGAGAGUCUCUAACCACUGGGGCUAAAAAGCCUAUCAUCAGCCCACCAACAGGAGUGCUGAUGUCCUCCUCUUCACUUGUAAAUUCCCAGCAAGCUUCAUCCACAGCCUCCUCCUCUUCUUCACCUCCUCCUCCCCCUCUCCUCACCCCUCCGCAGCCUCAGUCAGCUUCCUCCAAUACAGCUGCUAUUAGUGAACACCACCCACAGUCACCCUGGAUAUCUCACCCCAUCCCUCCUUUCCUGCCUGGACCGUCAGUGCUUUCCAGCUUGUCAGACAAACGAAACCGCUCAAUUCUGAGAGAGCCCACCUUCCGCUGGACGUCCCUGACCCAUCCGGAACAUCAGUACUUUUCCUCAGCUAAAUAUGCCAAGGAGGGCCUCAUCCGCAAGCCCAUAUUUGACAACUUCCGUCCUCCCCCUCUUACAGCUGAAGACGUAGGGCUUUUGCCCCAAAGUGGAGCAGGGGGAGCCGCUCCGGGUGCAUUCCCAGCACCGGGAAGCGGGGCAGGAACAGGGACUCGUCUUUUUGCCCCACUUCACCAACAUAGCCACCAUCAACAUCAGUCUUCAUCCCGCUUUGAUGCACCACACCAGAAGCGCAGCCCGUUGCUUCGUGCUCCGCGCUUCACACCCAGCGAGGCCCACUCUCGGAUAUUCGAGUCCGUUACCUUGCAGUCAUCUUCCGGAAGCAGCCCAGGCUCUCUUUCCCCGCACCAAACGUCGUCUAGCUCCAGCAGAAGCUCUCGGCGCAGGAGACGACUGGUCCCAGGACCACCACGUGGCCAUCCAAGGUCUCCUUCCCACUCAAUGACCAGACGCAGCAGCCAAAUGGGAGGUCAAAUGUCUGUUGGGAAAGGCUCUUCUGACACGUCUGUCCUGGCAGGCUCUGUCUCAAGCAGUAACCCCAGCUCUUUGCCUGGGGUUUCUGCAAAUCCACUAGCCACUAGUGCCUUAACUCCUGCUUCUUUCAGCACCGUAUCCAUGGGUCUGGCCUCACAAGGGGCACCUGAUAGCAGGAGAGGAGCUGCUGGAAACCCAGCUCCUUUGUCGACUACAUCAUCCUCUUCUUCCCCUCUUUUCCCUCUCUUUCCUUCCAGUGCCCAGGACACGGGGCGAGGAGCUGGGAAAGGGGGUAAAGAAAAAAGCUUGUCAGCUCCCCUGGAGCCUUCUCCAAAGGAAAAAGAAAGGGAUUCUGAGAAAAACCGAGAAAAAGAGAAGGAGAAUAAGAGGGAAGGCAGGAAGGAUUUGGAGAAAAGAAGUAAGGUCCCUACACCUGAUGGCUCCCCCAAUGCACCUUCCAGUCUGUUUACUGUAGAUGGGAGGGACUCAGAAGAUGCUGUUUUAUCUCUCGCUCCAAAAAAGGCUCCAGGAAGAAAAAAGUCUACGUCAGUUGACAUGGUUUCUGACACUGCUUCCUCAGAGGUGCGUGGGCCCAAUUCCACUGUUCCCAUGUCCAUUGCUAAAGGGCGUCUAUCAAAGAAAGGCAGACCCUCUGAGAAAGGAGCAGAGAUUGAGGAUGGGGAAAAGGAGAAAGAGAAACAAAGUGCUCCAAGCCAGCAGACAGCAAGCCUUCCAGGGCAGCCAGGCAGACAACAGCUACCUGUCUCCUCUGUUGAAUUACGGUUGGCACAAGCAGAGAAACAGCCUGUGACCGACAAGCGGGUUGUUGGACUACUGAAGAAGGCCAAAGCCCAGCUCUUCGAGAUCAAGAAGAGUAAGCUGAAGCCAGCGGACCAGACCAAGGUCCAGGGCCAAGAGAGCGACUCGUCAGAGACCUCAGUCCGUGGUCCUCGCAUCAAGCAUGUGUGUCGUCGUGCAGCUGUGGCUCUUGGCCGUAAUCGGGCAGUAUUCCCUGAUGACAUGCCCACACUUAGUGCCUUGCCCUGGGAGGAGAGAGAGAAGAUCCUAUCUUCCAUGGGGAAUGAUGAUAAGUCGUCAGUAGCAGGCUCAGAGGAGGCAGAGCCUCAGUCCCCUCCGCUAAAGCCACGGGAGACGCGGCAAAAGUCCAUUCAAGAAGCUCCUCCCAAGAAGGGUCGUCGGUCUCGACGCUGUGGCCAAUGCUCAGGCUGCCAAGUUCCAGAAGAUUGUGGCGUGUGUACCAACUGUCUCGACAAGCCAAAAUUUGGAGGACGGAACAUUAAAAAGCAAUGCUGCAAGAUGAGGAAGUGUCAGAACUUGCAGUGGAUGCCCUCAAAGAUGUUUCUUCAGAAGCAAGGCAAAGGCAAGAAAGACAAGAAAAAGAACAGGAUUUCUGAGAAGAAGGAGGGUCUCAAUCCGGUAAAAGGGACAAUUUUAGAGUCAGGUCCUAAAUCCUCUCCUGCACCACUGAAGGAGGAGCUUCCUCGCAGAAAGAGUGAAACCCCUCCGCUCAAGCUGGGAGAGGAGAAGUCAAGACAGCAGCCAUCGUCAAAGCAAUCAUCUCCAGCCCUCUCAUCUUCCCCCGACCCGGUCGAACCCCUUCACUCCCCAGGCACAGUCACAGCCCAGACUCAGUCUCCUGCACAAACUCCAGACACCAAACAGCUCUCCGUCACGAGCAGUGUCACCAGUAAGAAGGGACACAAGCCACAGCAGUCUGUACCAACAUCCUCCUCCUCCUCCUCCUCCUCCUCCUCCUCCUCCUCUUCCUCCUCAUCUUCUUCUUCAUCCUCAUCAUCUUCCUCCCCGUCAUCUUCAGCCCAGAAUUCCCCCUCUCAGUCCACGCAAUCUCACCAACCGUCGCCACAGCAGCAACGGCCUCCAGCUAGUCAGGCACCGUCAAACAAAGAUGCUUCACCCAAGAUUCUUCUGAGCGAGACCAAGAAGAAGACCCAGCAGCACUCAUCACAGCAACAGCAGAAUUCGACAACAAUUUCAGAUACAGUUGAAUCAAAACAGUUGAAGAAGCCAUCAUCUCGCGCUGUUCCUCCUUCUCCUAAACAGAGACCAAAAGACAAGCCGCUGACCGCUAAACCUCCCAGCAGCAGUACUUUAAACUGGCUAAGCACUCCCUCGACUAGGGGUCCGAUGAAGCCCAGAGCCCCCUGCGACGGAGUGCAUCGUAUCAGAGUGGAUUUCAAGAGGGACCAUGAUGUCGAGAAGGUGUGGGAGGCUGGCGGCCUCAGCCUGCUCACCUCUGUGCCUGUCACACCCAGGGUGCUCUGCUUCUUAUGUGCAAGCAGUGGAAAUGUCGAGUUUGUCUUCUGCCAGGUAUGCUGUGAACCAUUCCAUCUCUUUUGCCUGGGGGAAUCAGAGCGCCCUCUCCAGGAGCAGUUUGAGAACUGGUGUUGUCGAAGAUGCAGAUUCUGCCAAGCCUGUGGCCGCCAGCAUCAGAAAACUAAACAGCAGCUGCUAGAGUGCGAUAAGUGCCGUAACAGCUAUCACCCGGAGUGCCUGGGUCCCAACCACCCCAACAGACCCACCAAGAAGAAGAGAGUCUGGGUUUGCACCAAGUGUGUGCGCUGCAAGAGUUGUGGAGCCACUAAACCUGGGAAGUCCUGGGAUGCCCAGUGGUCACAUGACUUCUCCAUGUGUCAUGACUGUGCCAAACUAUUUGCUAAAGGAAACUUCUGCCCACUUUGUGAUAAGUGCUAUGAUGAUGACGACUAUGACAGCAAGAUGAUGGAGUGUGGCCGUUGCAACCACUGGGUUCACGCCAAGUGUGAGAAUCUGACAGAUGAAAUGUACGAGCUGCUAUCAAAGCUGCCGGAGAGCGUCGCCUACACGUGUACUAAAUGUACCGAACGCCAUCCAGCUGAGUGGAGGACGGCGCUGGAGAAGGAGCUUCAGGGCUGCGUUCGUCACGUCCUCACUGCACUGCUCAACUCACGCACAUCCUCGCACCUGUUACGUUACAGACAGGCGGUGAAGCCUCCAGAGCUGAAUCCUGAGACAGAGGAGAGUCUUCCAUCCCGUCGCUCCCCGGAGGGCCCAGAUCCUCCAGUACUGACAGAAGUCACCGCCGCAGCUCCCAGUGACUCCCCUCCAGACCUGGAGUCUGUCGAGAAAAAGAUGGAUCAAGGCCGCUAUAAUUCAGUGCUGGAGUUCAGCGAUGACAUUGUGCGAAUCAUUCAGACGGCCAUCAACGGUGACGGUGGCCAGCCCGAGAGCAGGAAAGCCAACAGCAUGGUCAAAUCCUUUUUCAUCCGGCAAAUGGACCGAAUCUUCCCGUGGUUCAAAGUGAAAGAGUCCAGGUUCUGGGAAAGACAAAACGUCUCUGCCAACAGUGGGCUCCUCCCUAAUGCCGUGCUGCCUCCUUCCCUGGACCAUAACUACGCCCAGUGGCAGGAGAGACAGGAGCUUUCCCGUGCUGAACACCCCCACCUCAUGAAGAAGAUCAUCCCAGCUCCCCGGCCCAAAACCCCCGGUGAACCAGAUACUCCAGCCUCCCCUCCUCCUCUCCCUCCAUCUCUGCCCCCACCACCACCACUGCUACCUGAUCGUGAAGACAGCCCAGAGCUCCCUCCUCCACCAGGUGUUAGUGAUAACAGGCAAUGUGUUCUGUGUCUGAAGUAUGGAGACGAGAACACUAAUGAGGGGGGCAGGCUAUUGUACAUCGGUCAGAACGAGUGGACCCAUGUGAACUGCGCCCUGUGGUCCGCUGAGGUGUUUGAGGACGAUGACGGCUCUCUGAAGAAUGUUCACAUGGCUGUGCUCAGGGGAAAACAGCUGCGCUGUGAGAAGUGUCAAAAGCCAGGGGCCACAGUCGGAUGCUGCCUCACCUCUUGCACCAGCAACUACCACUUCAUGUGCGCCCGCCAGUGCCACUGUGUCUUCCUAGAGGACAAGAAGGUCUACUGUCCAAAGCACAGGGACCUCAUCAAGGGAGAAGUGGUGUCUGGGUUUGAGGUGACCCGCAGGAUUCUGGUGGACCUGGAGGGAAUCAGUCUCCGGAGGAAGUGGCUGGCAGGACUGGAGCCUGAAAAUGUCCAUAUGAUGAUAGGCUCCAUGACCAUCGAUUGUUUGGGGAUACUGACUGAACUCUCAGACUGCAAACGCAAACUCUUCCCUGUGGGAUACCAGUGUUCGAGGGUUUACUGGAGUACUUUAGAUGCUCGAAAGCGCUGUGUGUAUACCUGUCGGAUCUUAGUUUGUCACCCUCCAGUGGUUGAGUCUGACUUGAAAAACAUGAUGGCUCCUGAGGAGAAUCGCACGAUAGCACACAGCCCACCUUCCAUAACAGAGUUUCCUGAUCCAUUUGAAUCCCCAAGACGCUCUGACACCCUUUCCCCUGCCAACACCCCAAAGCUCAGGGUUUACACCAGGAACCGACACCCCAGUUACCCCCCCUGCCAGCGCUCGCUAGGCCCCAGACCCAUGCCCUCUCCAGGAGGUACCUCUCAGCCCCAAAGCCAUGAGAUUGUGACAGUAGGAGACUCCCUGGUAAACCCGGGCAUGCGGAAUAUUGACUCCCGUCGCCACAGCUCCCCUUCACUCUCCCCUCCUCCCCACCAGAUGAACAGACAGAGAGGUGUGACUUCACCACCUCAGAUUUUGUCACGCCCCAUUACCUCACCACCUCCCCUCAUCCCUUCCCCUGCCAGAGACCCAGAAAAGUCUAAACACCCCAGCAAAGACUCAAAGAGUCCAGUCCAGAGAGAUGAUGAAAGAGGUCGACUGUUCUCCACGGACAGAAAUAGACAGCAGCCAUCCAGAGACCAAGGGUUGAGAGAUGGGGACAAGGGGAGAGUCUCAAUUCAAGACCAAGCCUCAAAGGAUUCUGAUAAGAAUAGAUCCUCCAGAGAACUUGGGCAAAAAGACUCGGACAAGGGUGAAAUACCAGCCAAAGAGCCAGAAAAGAGGAGACCACUGAGUAAAGACUCAGGUCUGAAAGAAUCUGAGAGGGGAAGGCCCAUGAGUAGAGAUCCGUUAAGAGAUUCAGAAAAGGGGAGGCAAGUGAACAGAGAUUUGGAGAAGGGGAGGCAGACAAGCAGAGAGUCAAGUAAUAGAGAGACAGAUAAGAGCAAAUCAUCCUCUAGAGAUCCCAGCUAUAAGAAUAUUGACAAAGCUCGGUCACUCAGUCGAGAUGCAGGGCCAAGGGACUCUGAGAAGCAUCGACAAUAUAGCAGGGAAACAGGAAAAGACUCAGGCCAAGGUAAAGACAGAGUGUCUAGCAGAGACUCUGACAAGGGUAGACCUCCCUCGAGAGACUCCAGUUAUAGAAGCACAGAGAAAAACAAAGACGCUGGCUCAGGGAAAGAUAGCAACCCUUGCAGUCAGUCCAAACAGGCUGGAGGGGACAGUAAGAGCCCCAGACUGGCACCCACAGGCUCAGGCCAGUCCUCCCCUCCUGUGGGCACUGCUGUUCUCACAGGUCAGCAGAGAGGCGGCAGCACCAGGCAGACAGACAAGCUGGGGAAACAUGGAGGCAAGGACCAGGAUGUCUCUGCGAGUCUGUUGCCCCGUCAUCGGUCCACCCCAACCUCUAACAGCACCCAGUCUAAGGACAAGGCCAGCUCAGGGAAGGAGAGUAGUAGUGGCACUGGAAAUUUAAUGCCAGCUUCACUCCAUAAGGACUCUGUUGUUGGGAAAUCUGGCUCCCCGCAGUCUUCAUUUCAGAAGUCCAAUGCACGGAAAUCAAAUGAUUACUCAUCAGGUCCAGCCACGGCAGCAGCAAUGAAGCCUCUGUGGCCGUCAAGGACACCAGCAGAAGAUGAAGCUGUGAAGAGAGGCUCCAUGCACCUGGCCUCCCCAGCUGCAGCCUCAGCUGCCAAAGACAAACACCCCAAAGUUAAGACAGGAGGCAGCAGAGAGGUGUCCAAAGACCGUGAACGAGAGAAAAGCCUUCACAACAGCAACAGCAGCAACAAAAUCCCCCUUCUAAACAAUAAUACGAAAGCUACGGGCAGCUCCAACACACAUGCUACAAACCCCACCUCUCACAACAGCAGCAAUAGCAAAGCUCCAGUGCUCGGAAACAGCACCAAAUCUCACGGAAAGGCUCAGGGGGAGAAGCUUGAGAACCAAGGAGGGGACAGGUCUUCCUCAAAGAGCAGAGAAAAUUACUCUUGUCCUGAUAGGAAGAACAGCUCCAGUCUGGACAACUUGCAGCAGCUGCAGCAAGUUGGUUUAGCUCAAGAGAAAGGAGUGAAGACCUCUUCCCAGUCUCACACCAAACCAGCAACUAACCAGCUGCCAUUGUCCUCCAGAGAGAAAAAGAGAUCAGCUAAACCCCCGACUGUAGCCCCGCUAAAGACUGAUGUCAAGACUGAUCCUAAUGGGACCAGCACUGUUGUUGGCAUUUCUUCCUCCUGUCCCACGACCACUACCUCCACCAUCUCUCCUGCCGGCCAGGGGACCCGACGCUCUGCACGCUCCACUGUCUUCUCCUCACCCUCUGCCAGCAGCAGCGACAGCUCUGAAUCUGACACACAGACUCAGACAGAGGAAGACGAUUUGCGCAAGGAGCACUCACGCAGUGAGCUCCGAGACCACCGCAGCCUCCUCAGUCAAGGCACUGAAGAUGAGGGCGAUGGCCCAGAAGAUGACCACGACAGAGGCUUGGAUGAUAAACAUCACGAAGACGACAGCGACGGAUCGGGGUCAGCCAAGCGGCGUUACCCUCGACGCAGUGCCCGAGCACGCUCCAACAUGUUUUUUGGCCUCACGCCUUUCUACGGGGUUCGCUCGUACGGCGAAGAAGACCUCCCCUUCUACGGCAGCGGGGAUGGAGCCGGUGCCGUGGUUAAGAGGAGGACUGGUGGCCGUAAGAAAUCAGCUGAGGGGCAGGUGGAUGGAGCAGAUGAUAUGAGCACCUCCUCUUCGUCAGGGGACAGUGGAGAGGAUGACGACAGUGGAAUAAAACAGAGGGGUAAAGAUCCUUACUACUACAACUUCACCCGAACAAUAAUUAACCCUGGUGAUGGCCUACCGUCAAUAGAAGGGAUAGACCAGUGUCUGGGAAGAGGAUCCCAGCUUCAACGCUUUCUAAAAGACGAGGAGCAGCAGCAGCAGAGGGCUCAGGGAAAAGCUGAAGAGGACAUGCUGAGUGCAUUGACUUUAGGCAAGCAGCGAAUUGGCCAGCUUGAUGGUGUUGAUGAUGGCUCAGAGAGCGAUACCAGCAUCUGCACCACCAGCACCACAACCACUACAGCCACCUCCUCUUCCACCCCACAUAAGAGCAAUCCUAAGAGAAGGGGCAGAGAAAGGCACACGGAGAAACCCGAUUCCCAUGACACAAGCAAGGAGGCUGACAACAGUGGUGGAGCAGUGAGCGGCAACACGCGCGAAGGAAGAAAGAACCAGAAAGAAAACUGUCUUCCUUUAGGAGGCGGGGUCAAGUCACAGCCACAGAGUCAGGGUCAGGAUCCUCUUGAGGCCCAGCUGUCCCUCAGCACAGACCUGCUUAAAUCGGACUCGGACAACAACAACAGUGAUGACUGUGGGAACAUUUUGCCGUCAGACAUCAUGGAGUUCGUCCUCAACACACCUUCCAUGUCAAUGCAGGCCCUGGGUCAGCAGGCGGAGCCGUCUUCCUCGGAGCUGCUCCUGGAUGAGGGCUAUGUAGAUGUCAACCGCCGUAAAGACAUUCUGUUUGAUGACUUUUCCCAGCCACUGCCAAGUGCUGAGAGUGGAGGUGUAGUGGAGAGCAGUGUGAAUAGCUCCAUAUCUGUAGAGGAGCCAUAUCUUCCUUUGGAGCUGCCAUCUGACCUCUCUGUCCUGACCACACGCAGCCCGACUGUCAGCACCAGUCAGAACCACACUGCUGGGAGUCUUAUCUCUGAUACCUCAGACCGCACUAUGCUGGGCUUGACCUCUGACCCAGAGACAAUCACUGGAGAGAAGAGUGGGGACAAGAAAAGAACGGGGCCAGGCAUGUCGCCAUCAGAGAAUCAGCAUGAUGCUACGGCUUUGGGAAACAGGGACACGCAGGUCACAGAAGGUCAUAUGACCCCUGAGCAGUUCAUUCCCAGCCCUGCCAUUGGCCAAGUGGUUGAACCUCCAGGUAACCAGGAUGUUCCCAGGAGUUCUGGUACCCCUGGUUUGCCAAGUUCUCCCUCCCUGCCUCAGAAGUACCUCCCGGCAUCUGCUGCAGCUGCAGGCAGCCCCAGUCCAGUUCCUGGCCCAGGACCAUCCCAGGCUCAGGUUUCGAGCCCAGCAGUCAUCAAACCAGGCCCUGACAAGCUCAUUGUGGUUAACCAGCAAUUCCAGCCUCUCUAUGUCCUACAGACAGUCCCUAAUGGUGUCACCCAAAAAAUGAGUGCCACAGGAGUGAUGGAUACUAGCUCUCAAGCUGUGCUGAGCUCCAUGACUCUUACCACUGGGUUAGGUACUGGGUUAUCCACAGCCCAGCCAAUAUUUCCUGCUGGCGGCAAAGUCCUGGGCACCAUGCCUCACCCAUCCCAGAUUCACACAUUCACAGGAACAACACAGACCGGCUUCCAGACAGGAAUCCCCAGCACCACCUCAGGGCUUCUCAUUGGGUUGCCCUCGCAGCCCCACGACCAGCCCCAAAUUCUGGUCUCAGAGGCUGGUCGACCUCACGAGCUGGGUCACAGUGUCACCAUUGUGUCCAGUCCCUCCUCCCUCACAUCUUCCCAGACUGUACUCGCCUCGGCUCAUGGCAAAAAGAGGCCCAUCUCUCGUCUUCAGCCAAGAAAAGGCAAAAGGUUGGCCCGUUCCCGUAGCCAGCCAACCCUGGCCCCAUCUGAAGUGGGCCCUCCAAACAUGACCCUCAUCAACAUAUCUACCCCUCAGAUUACUGCAAGCAUUGCUGGCCAACCUGGAGGCCUUGUUGAGUUAAGCCCCCUCUCUUCUCAGCGCAAGGUCCCAAACAUUAUCAAGAGACCAAAACCAGGAGGUGUUAUGUACUUGGAUCCUACUACUCUCCUUCAGCCGAGGAUUUCUGGUCCCGCCCAGCCUGGUAUCCUUAGUCAUGAUUCCUCUGCGCACCUUCUUCCUUGCACAGUCUCUGGUCUCAACCCCAGUCAGUCGGUGUUGAAUGUUGUGUCUGUGCCAACUUGUACUGCUGCUGGCCUUCUUGCACCAGGAUCAGUCUCCCUCUCCACCCCUGUCCUCAGCUCUACUGAGAUCACAGGGUCAAUUAGCAACCUCCUGUUUAAAGCCAGUCCACAUGGUUUAGGCCUGUCAGAUCAGCCAAUGGUCCUUCAGUCAGCAGGAGGAGGCCCUCUGAUGUCACAGCUCGGCUCCUCUGUGCAGACAUCUAUAGCUAGCAGCAUCUGCGUCCUGCCCUCCCAACAGACUAUCAGCAUGGCUGUCAGCCAGCAAGGAGACUCAGAAGGCAGUAAUGUCCACUUACAGCAUCAGUCUCAGGCCAUUAACAGAGUCUGUACUGUGGACUCUGCUCCAAACACCACUGUUACUUUAACUCCCGCCACAGCUAACUCUCUAAACCCCGCCAAGGGACGUGUUGUUGGGGUGUUCACCCAAACCGCCACACAUUCCCAGAGCAGUCGAACGACUCCUAUUUCCAGAUCAUCAGAACAGCGAUCAUCCAACUCCACCACAGCCGCUGCAGAAAAAGGCAAACAGAAAACGAAGAGAAGCAGGCAGAGUACAGACUCGAGCAGCGGGAAGAAGCUCAAGGCGUCUCAGGCAGAGGAGCAUCACGGCAACCCUGCAGGACGAUCAAACCCAAGAGAGCUGAGCUCCCCUGAACCCAUGGACACAGGGAAACCCACUGACAAGGCAACCAACAAGAGCAUCCUUGGGAAGAAGAAGACAUCUGAAGGUCCUGUUAUAUCGGGUAAAAUAGCGGGGAAAGACAAAGCAUCUGCAGCUGGGGGAGUGGGCUCUCUUCUUGUGGCGUCACCACCCGACCAGGAUGGCAACAGCAGAGACACCGGCUUGGAUAGCAAACCCAAGAAGGGCAUCAUCUUUGAAAUCUGCAGCGAGGACGGCUUUCACAUCCGCUGUGAGAGUAUUGAAGAGGCUUGGAAAUCUCUGACUGACAAAGUGCAGGAAGCUCGCUCCAAUGCACGACUCAAAGAGCUCUCAUUUGAAGGUGUGAACGGAUUGAGGAUGCUGGGAAUCGUCCAUGAGGCGGUGGUCUUCCUGCUGGAGCAGCUUUACGGCUCCAGACACUGUCGGAGCUACCGGUUCCGCUUCCACAAACCAGAGGAAACUGAUGAACCUCCCAUCAACCCCCACGGAACAGCUCGGGCAGAGAUCAGCCACAGGAGGUCUGUGUUUGACAUGUUCAAUUUCUUGGCCUCAAAACAUCGCCAGCCUCCUGAGUACAGGCCGCAAGAAGACGAUGAUGAUGAAGGGCAGCUCAGGACUGCCAGGCGUGCCUCCAUGGAGCUUCCACUGACUGUGAGAUUCAAACAGCUCAAGGCCACCUCGAAGGAAACUGUCGGAGUCUACAGGUCUCCCAUUCAUGGCCGAGGUCUGUUCUGCAAGAAAACCAUUGAUGCUGGAGAGAUGGUCAUCGAGUACUCUGGAAACGUCAUUCGGUCUGUGCUCACCGACAAGCGGGAGAAGUAUUAUGAUGGAAAGGGGAUCGGUUGUUACAUGUUUCGCAUAGAUGACUACGAGGUGGUAGAUGCCACGAUGCACGGCAACGCAGCCCGCUUCAUCAACCACUCCUGCGAGCCCAACUGCUACUCUCGGGUCAUCACUGUGGACAGCCAGAAGCACAUCGUCAUCUUUGCCUCUCGGCGCAUCUACUGCGGCGAGGAGCUCACCUACGACUACAAGUUCCCUAUUGAGGAUGCCAGCAACAAGCUGCCCUGCAACUGCGGCGCGAAGAAGUGUCGCAAGUUCCUCAACUGAUAAUGUAAACGUUUUAAAAAGUGUCACAAUGCUCUGAGGACACUGGCUUUAUUUUCUGGGUCCGGUCCACGUAGGAUCACAGCUGCCAACAGGGCACGAGCUCUGUCAGUGUUUCUGCUGCUGGUGUUGGCAGAACACAGUGGUGAGACGGCGGUCGUGGGUCGUUCUGUAUAUACAGGAAGACCAUUUUGGAGGAGGGGCCAUUUGUAGAAAUUCCAACAUAUUGUGCCUCCUUUUGUCUCAUUUACAUUUGGCACGGGAAGUUUCACCGUCACAGGUGAGUUAUGGAACAAGUUUGAGCCUUCACAACAUUGCAAUGUUUACUUUAAUUUACAUUUGGAUGAUAAAGUUUCCCCGUCAUAAUUAUUUUUACAUUGGCCCAUCCUCCUUAAUUUUCUAGAAAUAUGUAAUGACUAAUGCUGAGAUGUGAACAUAGAAGAAAAAAAAAAUCAAAGAACUUGGUUCCAUUUUACACCAAAGUGCAAUUUGUUGAAGGGACUUGGAAGAGUAAUUUUACUGGAAAGAAAAAUUAAAAAGUUGUUAGAAUUUCUUUUUUUCCUUUUUUUUUUCUUUUUAUCUCAAUGUCAGCUGUUAUCGAUGCACAUCUCCCUGUCUGAAUGUGCCCUGAUGCCUUCAGAGUCGUCGUGAUUCAGUGGACCCUUCCCCUAAAAACAGGCUUUUUGUUAAAAAACAAAACAAAAAAAAGCUUGUAUCACUGUAAAUAGGAGCUGCUUGUGUAUUGCAGCCUGAUAAGAACUGUACAGGUGGAAACACUAGGGGGAGCCAGAGAGAGAGAGAAGAGACAAGGGGAGUAGAAAUGUAGAUUUGUUAAAAAGAAUAAAAAGGGUUAUUUUUGGCGGUUCAGGGUGAUAUCUGAGGUUGAUACCAUCCGUUGUUCUUAAACUGACUUGUAGUCUAACAGCUUGGUAGCUAUGUAGACGUGUUUAUUGAUGGGAUGAAGCCUCUGGCCUGAGAGAGCGAGGCAGCUAGAGAUUCUGGUGGACUGACAGCCAAGGGACCGGAGAACCUUACUGAUGUGCUUUAGUAGACAUAUUUAUAAUUGAUUUUUGGAGCUGUGGUCCAGAAACAGCCAUGGAUCUUGCAGAAACAGACAGACAGACAGACAGACAGACAGACAGGCAUGUUGCAUGCUGUUGUCAUUAUCAAACCUUAAUACGCUCAGACUUUUGAAUCACGUUCCAAACUGCAGCAGCGAAGAGAACCAAACCUCCCGCCCUUGAAUUGAAUUUUCACACAGCUUGUUUUUCUUCUCGGCCUGUUGUGAUAACCAUGGAAAAUGUCUUUUUUUAUUUGUAUUUUAAAGUCUUGUCUGUUAUCUGUCUUUUUAUUAUGGACAGGGAAAUAUCAUGCUUGCUUUUAAAAAAACAAAUGUAAAUAAUGUAUAUUUUUCUACAAAAAAAAGACUUGCUAAAAAAGCACUCACUAGUGAAUAGCACUUGAUGGUAUUUAUAUUUUUAAAAAAACGUAUUUAUUUUAUUGCCAUUUUUGUAGGAAAUAGAGGUUUACAAACACUAAUGCUUGGUCUCUAUGUUUUGUAUUCCGCUGCCUUUUCAGAGUUGUUUUUUGUCGUCAUUUUUUUUUUUUCCUUUUUCUUUUUUUUUUAAUUUGUAGCCUGAAUGUUUUCUUUGAUUCCAAAGACUGACACUGGUCUGUGGCUUGGUCCCCUUUUCGUUCAGUCCACCAGUAGCUCUUUUAUCUAUCCCAGGCCAUUUGGUCAAAGCUGAUGGUUUUUUUCCAUUGUUCCAGUUCUAGCUGGCAGUAUGGCUGUCAUGUGAACUAUUAUUAUGCACUUGAGAGAGUUCAGAUUGUUGAUCCAUAGCAGAUCUCUCCUCUCUCCAGCCUUAUUGUCUCCACACCACAUCACACCGAGGAUCAAGUCCACUCGCGGGUCGUGUCGCAGUGAUUGGGUUUGUCUCGUCGUGAGUCGACAGGAGCUUUUGGCCAACAAGAAUCCCGUCAGUUUAAAACUGUUUGUCCCUCUGCAGACUUGGUUUAUAAUAAAGAGGUGCCUUUAUUUUAAUGCUCCCAACAGCGUUCAUCAUACGUUUAUUUGGAAAAAAAAUCCCUCUUAUUCUUUUGUUCAGUCUCCUCGUGGUUUGCCUUAGUUGUGAAUGAGUAUGCCUCCUCUCUCUUACAAGCCUUCAUGUCCUGGACCGAAUAUUCAAUCAGACUGUUUAUCGACUGACUGGUUCCACAGCAGGACUCAAGUCAAUUACGUUGUUUCUGUCCCUUUUGAUUAAUUUAUUGUCGUCCCCUGUUCAUGCUGACUUCGUCGUCACCUAAAGGCCGUUAGCAGUUUCUCCUACGAACAUGACCCACACACACGGUUUGCACUUUAGCUGCGACACAGGCACUGAAUAGACAUAGGAAAAUCUCCACUCCUUCUCCAGACAGACAAUGCAACUCCACUGCUGAAAGCACACACAUUCACUGAGAACACUUCUGUGAGUUUGUGCGUUGGGCCCCGUUAUCAAAAAAAUGCUCACCUUGGAUUGGUCUUGAUGACUCCUGGAAGUGGCGUUUGAGGCUCUUGCAAAGUGCACUUGACUCUUUUUUUUCUGCAACUAAGUGAAGGCAGGGACCACUCCGGCGGCCCUUUCCUUCCUGAAGGGUGCGGCUUGUACGAAACCUGGGCUGUGCUUCUGAGGCCGGCCCCGCAGUCGCACGGCUGCACCUACGUCGGGCUCGCUGGGUUCUGCUGCUAAGGUCAACAAUGAAUGUAUAUUCCUCCUCCGCAUCAUCGGACUCACGAAUGGUGUCGACACUAUGUCAGCUACGUUUUUGUUUUCAGUUAUUUGUGUCAACAACCCUGGUAGAUUUGGAAGAAAUGUAGAUAAGACCUCAAACUGGGCAGCAGCAGUUUCAGCACUGGGAAUACUUAUACUGAAGUGUGAACAGCAGGUGGCAUUUCUGUCUGUAGGACAACUAGCUCAACACUUCACGCUAGCAUCGGUGAUAACACGUUCACUGAUGCCAAGGGCUCUGUCUACGACUCGAUACACUUCUACGUUUUCAGGGUCACAGGGUUCAGCGAACAAUAACUCCUUUAUUUCACAGCAGAUAUACAAUAAGGAAAUGGUCUCUGUUGUUUCUUUGGACUUCAUUUUACCACGCCACACCAGUGGCCCUUCUCCGUCAUUAUCUGUAAUUAUAGUAUAAAUACAUAACAAUAUUAUACGGAAACAUGCAUAGUAAUUUCUUGUACUUUAGUAUCUAUACAAUAUAUGGAAUGGACAGACAAACUUAGUUACAGUAGCAAAACAGCAGAUUUAUAAUGGUUAAUAGCAAUGUUUCAAUGUACUCUAUAAUGGUUUUGUGUUACAGUACUAUCAGAUGAAACUAACGUGCAUCAUUCUUUUGUAUAUUGAUAUCCAGUACCAAUUUUGCUGUGCCUGUGAGUGUUUCCUUCACCAGCAAGGAGCACUGCAGUUUUUCUUUUUUUAUUUUCUUUCUGGAAAGGAAACCGGUUUUUAUGUGAUGAGAAAUGUAACUGUAUUAAUGUGGUUGUGAACUUCUUGAGGUCAGCCAUUUUGUUGUUUUACCCCCCUUCCCCUCCCCUCUCCUCCCCCCGCCCUGGUUGUUGUAGUGAAUGUUUUUUCCGUUUCUUCUCUGUACGUUUUUUUAAGAGGGACUUUUUUAGACGGCUUACUUGAUGUGGUAUAAAUUAAGAGUUUGGUUUGUGGGAGACUGACCAGGAGUUGUAGAGAUCCCACCAAAAUGGCGUUCUGUUUUGUUUUGUUUUUGUUUUCUUCAUUUUGGAAAACCUCUCAUGUCUCCCCGGCCAUCUCUCUCUCCUCCGAAGCUUUGGUUGUACUUAUCAUGUACUGUUUUUAUAGAAAGUCAUAAUGCUGAUGUUGAAAACAUUUUAUUUAUUUAUUUUGUGCAACAUCCACCCUGAAUUGUUCUUUUACAAGUCAAGGUUUGGGAGAGGUCGGACGAGUACGUAACAUGUAUUUGUAAUAUUCUAAUUGUUUCUUGUGUAUAGAAGUUAUCAGCCUAUGAUGUGGUGUCACAGAGGGAGUGGACGGUGAGACGUGCAAAAAGAGGGAUAAUGGAUCGUGAACAGGCUUGUUUCUUAUGCCUUGAAUAUACCUUUGUCUUAUCAAUAUUCCUCCCGCUCUGUGUAAUAACGGUAUCCGUGAGUUCAACAGUCACAUUUUCUCCCGUUUUAACAGUGUUCUUUCAAUACACAUCAACGAAAUGAAGGAAAACCACCACAGUGAAAAUGAACCACAAACUACUUGGUUGAAUGUAUAAUUAGGAAACAAAGUUGUACAUAAGUGUAAAAAGAAAAGUUUCUAAUCAUGUUUAUUUUCUAUGCACUUUUUUAUUUAAGUGAUAGUUUAAAUAAUAAACAUGUCUCCUUUA